AUGUCCGGGCUAGGAGGGGAUUUUGGUCGUCAAUUUGAGCGCGAAACAUGGACCCUUUACGGUGUAGGCGUUCUCGGCGCUGUGCUUCGAUUUGUUGCACGUGCUCGACGUCUGGGAAUCCGAAAUCUGCAAAUUGACGACUAUCUCAUGUUUUUCGCUGUCUUUUGGUACACGGUUCUGAGCGUGGCCUUGACCUCGGUGGCCACCGGUGGAGGAUCGAAUCUGUUGACACCAGAGGAUCUCGUCAACAUGACCGACGCGGAACGCAAGGACCGGGUCCGAGGCAGUAAAUGGGUGUUUGUCUCUGAACAUGCCUUUAUCUUGUGCAUUUGGAGCCUCAAGGCUUGCAUGCUGGUGAUUUAUUCGCGAAUCACUGAGGGCUUGAAGCAGCGCAAAUGGAUCAACUACAUUGCCAUCUACGUCGCCUUGGGCUUUGUCGGCACUGAAUUAUCACUGUUUCUCAUCUGUCGUCCCAUCACCGAUUAUUGGGCGGUGCCUACACCAAAUCCGCAAUGUUCAAACUAUCAAUAUUACGAGAUUGUCCAGGGAUGCUUUUCAAUCUCGGCGGACAUCUUCAUGCUACUUGUCGCCAUCCCCAUGCUCAUGCAAGUGCGGGUGCCAACGAAACAGAAGCUCAUCCUUCUCAUCCUCUUCGGCAUGGGUAUCUUCGUCAUUGUCGCCGCCGUCCUCAACAAGGUGUACUGUCUGGUGCCGGCCCUCAUUUCCUACGUGUACAUGAACUGGUACUUCCGCGAAGCUACCGUGGCCAUUCUGGUCACCAACCUCCCGCUCGUCUGGUCCCUCCUGCGCGACGUCUUCCCCGCCCUCAAGAGCUGGACUGGGGGAUCGAAGCGAGGAACCGACCGCUAUAAGUCCGGGCCCUGGACCAGCAAGAAUUCUCGGCCUUACGGUCCACACAGUCAACUUCGCUCCGGUGAUUUUGACAUGAACACCAUUCAGCACAAGACCACCGUGACCCCGCAAAAGACGGCCGAUGUUUCGGAUAUCAGUAUCGCGGCGAGUGAUGAUCGCGACGUUAGCAGCGAUGAUGGAUCUGCUCGAGCGCUGCGGAUUCGGCAGGACAUUACCGUGACUAUUGAGCAUGAUGCUCGACCUGCGGAUGGUCAAGCCCAGGUGGCACAGGAUGUUCGGAAACCUCGCGAAAGAGCAGAGGUUUAG